AUGUCGCAACCCACCUCCACAAACCCCAAUAAGCGUUCAUCCCCUUGCUCCUCCACCUCCCACACCUCCGUCGCUACCAGGGACGCCACAGCCUACGCCGCCGGAAGUAGCGGAGCCACAAUUUUUUCAGCAAUGAAGAAGGCCAAGUCGCAGGCGGUUGCUUAUUCACUCGACAGCAAUAAAAACAGCCAGCAAAGUAUUACCCCUCACGUUCACUUCGCCGACUCCCCUGCUCACUCUCCCAUGAUCGAAGAUGACCCUAAUGACGUUUUGGAAGCCUCUCCUUCAUCCGGCCGCGGAGCUGCAGCUGUGGGUGGCCACGAAGGUGGGACCAUUGCUAAUUUAUCGCGGAAGAAGGCCACGCCGCCACAGCCAGCAAAAAAACUCGUCAUUAAGCUCAAUAAAGCUAAACCAACCCUGCCAACUGAUUUUGAAGAAAAUACAUGGGCGAAGCUCAAGUCUGCUAUCAGGGCCAUAUUUUUGAAACAACCAGAUCCAUGUGACCUGGAGAGGCUCUAUCAAGCGGUCAAUGACCUUUGUCUGCACAAGAUGGGGGGAAGUCUCUAUCAAAGGAUUGAAAAGGAGUGUGAAGCUUACAUAUCUGCUGCACUACAAUCUUUGGUCGGCCAAAGUGAAGAUCUGGUAGUUUUCUUAUCACUUGUUGAGAAGUGCUGGCAAGAUUUUUGUGAGCAGAUGUUGAUGAUUCGUGGUAUAGCAUUAUAUCUUGAUAGAACAUAUGUAAAGCAAACACCAAAUGUGCGUUCAUUGUGGGACAUGGGCUUGCAACUUUUCUGUAAACAUCUUUCUCUGGCAUCAGAAGUGGAGCACAAAACUGUGUUUGGCCUUCUAAAAAUGAUUGAAAGUGAGAGAUUAGGUGAAGCAGCUGACAGAACACUCCUUAACCAUCUUCUGAAGAUGUUUACUGCUUUGGGAAUAUACCCUGAAAGCUUUGAGAAGCCAUUCCUUGAACGUACAUCUGAAUUUUAUGCUGCUGAAGGUGUAAAAUACAUGCAGCAAUCAGAUGUUCCGGAUUAUUUAAAACACGUUGAGAUAAGGUUGCAAGAAGAACAUGAAAGAUGCUUAAUCUACCUGGAUCCAAGUACAAGAAAGCUGUUAGUAGCCACUGUAGAGUCUCAACUUCUUGAACAUUAUAUAUCUGCAAUUCUCGAUAAGGGUUUUACAACGCUGAUGGAUGGGAAGCGUAUUGAGGACCUUCAAAGAAUGUAUUUGCUCUUCUUCAGGGUCAAUGCCCUUGAAUCAAUAAGGCAGGCCCUUAGUCUAUAUAUCCGAGGAACUGGGCACGGCAUUGUCAUGGAUGAAGAGGAGAAAGAUAUGGUAUCGAGCUUAUUGGAAUUUAAGGCAAAUCUUGAUAGAAUAUGGGAAGAAACCUUCUUUAAAAAUGAAGCAUGUGGCAAUACCAUCAAGGAUUCAUUUGAGCAUCUCAUUAAUCUCCGCCAGAACCGACCUGCUGAGCUAAUUGCCAAAUUUGUGGACGAGAAGCUUCGUGCUGGAAACAAGGGUACAUCAGAGGAGGAAUUAGAGGGCACACUGGAUAAAGUCUUGGUUUUAUUCAGAUUUAUACAGGGUAAGGAUGUAUUUGAAGCAUUCUAUAAGAAAGAUCUUGCUAAAAGGCUCUUGUUGGGUAAGAGUGCCAGUAUCGAUGCAGAGAAGUCCAUGAUUACCAAGUUGAAAACUGAGUGCGGCAGCCAAUUUACCAAUAAACUAGAAGGAAUGUUCAAGGACAUUGAAUUGUCAAAAGAGAUUAACGAAUCUUUCAAGCAAUCAUCCCAAGCUCGGACAAAACUCCCAUCAGGAAUCGAGAUGAGUGUCCACGUCUUAACAACAGGGUAUUGGCCAACAUAUCCUCCCAUGGAUGUUAGGCUACCCCAUGAGCUGAACAUGUAUCAGGAUAUUUUUAAGGAGUUCUACCUAAGCAAGUACAGUGGGAGACGGUUAAUGUGGCAGAACUCAUUGGGUCAGUGCGUGCUGAAAGCGGGAUUCCCUAAGGGUAAAAAGGAGCUGGCAGUUUCUCUAUUUCAGGCUGUUGUGUUAAUGCUGUUUAAUGAUGCACAAAAGCUCAGCUUCCAAGAUAUUAAGGAAUCUACUGGCAUUGAAGAUAAAGAGCUGAGGAGGACUUUGCAGUCCCUUGCAUGUGGAAAAUUUCGUGUUCUUCAGAAAAUUCCCAAAGGGAGAGAUGUGGAGGAUGAUGACUCCUUUGAGUUCAAUGAUCAAUUUACUGCUCCUCUCUAUCGUAUAAAGGUAAAUGCCAUUCAGAUGAAAGAAACAGUUGAGGAGAACACGAGCACCACUGAAAGGGUGUUCCAAGACCGUCAAUACCAGGUUGAUGCUGCUAUUGUUCGGAUAAUGAAAACUAGAAAAGUGCUUAGUCAUACACUCUUAAUAACCGAGCUCUUUCAGCAGCUCAAGUUUCCAAUAAAACCAACCGACUUGAAGAAAAGGAUUGAGAGCCUCAUCGACCGGGAGUACCUGGAACGUGACAAAAAUAACCCUCAGAUAUACAACUAUCUUGCUUAA